GAUGUUGAAGAGUCCAACUUUUGGAAGUUACAUCCAAACUGAAAGUUUGACCAGAAUGCAAGUCAAAACAAAACCCAGUUAGCUGUCAGGAUGGAGUCAUUAGUUCUAAAAUCUGUUCAUAGUCUAUAUGCAUACGUAUAUCCUUACGUAAGACUAGAACCAUUGCAGCAUGUAUAAAUAACCACCCAAUCUAACUAAUGAAAGAACCAUAAAAGCAAGCACCAUAUUCAAAUUCGUUCAUACUAGUCUGUUUGGUUGCCCAUCUAGCUUAAACACUCAAACUGCAAUGGCCUUAAACUCAUUUCAGCCUCAUUUUGUGUUGAUACCUUUUAUGUGCCAGGGACACCUUAUUCCCCUGAUAGACAUAGCCAGGUUAUUGGCGGAGCGCAAUGUAAUUGUUACGAUAAUUACCACACCUCAGAAUGCUGCCCGCUUAAGCAUUUCAAUCGAUCAUGCUAUUGAGUCUGGGCUACCUAUUCGUGUCCUACAACUUCACUUUCCUGCUGCAGAGGCCGGUUUACCGGAGGGGUGUGAAACUCUUGACAAUCUCCCUUCCAUGCAUCUGAUGAGCAAUUUUUACUCUGCAUUGAGCAUGCUGCAGCAACCACUAGAGACGAUGUUUGAAGAGCUAAAGCCCCGUCCAUGUUGCAUUAUACAUGACAGGAAUUUCACAUGGAUAGCUGAAAUUGCUUCCAAGUUUCAGAUUCCAAGGAUUUCCUUCGAUGGGAAAAGCUGCUUCACUCUCUUGUGCUGUCAUAAUAUAAGCACUUCCAAGGUCCAUGAAUGCGUUUCCGAUGGAGAGCCUUUUGUGGUGCCAGGACUGUCUGACAGAAUUGAAUUCACAACAGGGCAGCUACCUGGAAACCUCAAUCCUGGAUUUAACAUGAAAGAGACUGCUAAAAAAAUAAUAGCGGCAGAAGAAGAAGCGUAUGGCUUAAUAGUUAACAGUUUUGAGGAGUUGGAAGCAGAAUAUGUAGAAUCAUACAAAAAACUUAAGAAACAAAAAGUAUGGUGUGUUGGUCCUGUGUCACUAUGCAACAAGGAUAAUUUUGAUAAAGCUCAAAGAGGUAAAGAGGCUUUAACGGAUGAAAAUCAAUGCUUGAAGUGGCUUGAUUCAUGGCCACCAAGCUCUGUAAUCUAUGUUUGCUUUGGAAGUCUCAAUCGCCUAACACCUCCACAGUUAAUUGAACUUGGUUUAGCCUUGGAAGCAUCAAAUAGACCUUUCAUUUGGGUUAUUAGAGGAGGGUAUAAGAAAGGAGAAAUGGAGAAAUGGUUAGCAGAAGAUGGAUUUGAGGAGCGGAUAAAGGGACAAGGCCUCUUGAUAAGGGGCUGGGCGCCACAAGUGUUAAUUUUAUCGCACCCAUCAAUUGGAGGAUUUCUGACACACUCUGGUUGGAAUUCAACACUUGAAGGGAUUUGUGCUGGCGUGCCAAUGCUAACAUGGCCUUUGUUUGCUGAGCAAUUUUUAAAUGAGAAGCUACUUGUACAAAUUCUGAAAGUUGGUGUUCGGGUUGGGGUAGAAGUUGUGGUGCAGAUGGGGCAGGAAGAAUUUGGGGUGCUGGUGAAGAGGGAAGAUGUUAAGAAGGCGGUGGAGAGUUUAAUGGAUGAAGGAGAGGAAGGAGAAGAUAGAAGAAAAAGGGCAAGAAAGCUUGCAAUGGUGGCAAAGAAAGCAGUCGAAGAAGGAGGGUCCUCUUACUUUAACAUGACACUACUAAUUGAAGAUAUCGUGCAACAAGCCACUAGUCCAGCUUCAGCCUGAGACAGAAAGGGACUCUGCUGUUUUUUUUAGUAAAUUUUUUCUGUUUCAAUUUUGUUUAUAAUUUGUUCAAAAAUAAUGAUGGGGAAUGUGAUUUUAAUAUUGUAUGCCAAUAAAGGAGAUGAAAUUGGAAUAAUUAAUUGUUACCGCUGUUGCGCUAUUUUUCUAUC